AUGUCGGCCCGCAAACUCCAACAAGAGGUCGAGCGGACCUUCAAACGCGUAGCUGAGGGAAUAACCCAAUUCGAAUCUAUCUACGAAAAGCUUAACCAAUGCACAAAUGCCUCCCAGAAGGAGAAGCUGGAAGACUCGCUAAAACGCGAAAUCAAGAAGCUGCAGAGGCAACGGGAUCAGAUCAAGACAUGGGCGGCGAGCUCCGAAAUAAAGGACAAGAAGCCGCUGAUGGACGAGAGGAAAAAGAUCGAGAUGCAAAUGGAAAAGUUCAAAGCUGUCGAAAAAGAAAUGAAGACAAAAGCCUACUCGAAAGAAGGCCUGAUGGCAUCUACUCGCUUAGACCCAAUGGCCCAGAAAAAGGCCGAUCUAGUAAACUUUCUGUCCGACUGCACCACCGAACUUGACCGUCAAAUCGAGGCCUGCGAGGCAGAAGCCGAAUCCCUUACCGUUACCUUGAAGAAAGGAAAGAAGUCUGAUGCGUCAAAAGCGGACAGGGUAGCUGAAGUUGAAAAACAAGUGGAGCGCCAUAAAUGGCACCAAGGCAAAUUAGAGCUGAUCAUGAGGCUACUUGAAAAUGGACAAUUAGAUGCGGAACAGGUAGAGAGAGUGAAGGACGACAUCAAAUUUUACGUUGAUUCAAAUCAAGACGUUGAUUUCGAGGAAUAUGAGAAUGUCUACGACGAGCUGGACCUUGACGAGGAAAACGCAGAGGAUCUCUUUGGAAUUGGUGCGGAUGUGGAUAGGAUGUCUAGCCAGGACACACAAAGCAUACAAGACGAUUUAUCUGAAAAGCCAGCAACAUUACAUCAAGUCCCUAUUACUACAAAUACAAUUAUCAGUAAUAACGGGUUCCCCCCUUCGAAUGGUUCCUCUAUGAAGCCUGCUCCUUUACCGGCCAGACCAGCGGGCGAAGUACUGAAAUAUGCAUCCGUGGCAACCGCGGCGGCGGCAGCAGAUAGAAAUGUCGGGAUCGCGCCACUUCCGCCCCCACCCGGAAUGGCUCCCCUACCAAGUCCUCUUAACGCACCUACAGGUCCAAGUGGAAUGGCUCCUUUACCACCGCCAACCGCUUCCAAACAAUCCUCACAUCGGUCUGGACCAGCCUCCACGCCAUCGGCAACGAGCCCUGCACCUCCUAUAUCUAUUCCUCAUACGCCAUCACUGGACAGCUCUGCCAUUGUUUCGCCUUCUCCAAAACCCGCAAGUGCAAUCUCCGUUUCUCGAGAACCCUCAAACCAACCGCCAGAACCAUCACCUGAAGAGGCAGCGCCUAGUAGUAUUGCUACAAGCGACCAUAGCGACGCUGGCAGCGAGGCAGACUUAAAUAGCGAAGACCCAUCUUCCGAGCCCCCUAUAGAACCACAUACCAACGGUGCUUCAUCGUCAAGCUCGGCCGCGCAAGUUGACUUUACAUCACCACCAGUAGAAGAAUCAAUUUAUCACUUACCACCCGGUUUACAAGACCUCAUGUCCUCGUUCGAGAAUACAAAGAAAAGGCUUGUUCCUCAGCCGGGGCAGGUCCACCGUUACCUUGAGUACUCUCUUCUUAACGCACCAGACACUAUCGACGCAGAGAAACCCCGUCAUUACAAGCCUACAACCAAGUAUGAUACAGCACGUCACUACCCACAAGAACCCUUACCGAUAUUUGACGACCCGUUGCUAUACAAGCGUGUAGAUGUAGAUACACUUUUUUACGUAUUUUACUACAAGCAAGGGACAUAUCAACAGUAUUUGGCAGCCAAGGAGCUCAAGAAACAGAGCUGGAGAUUCCACAAACAAUACCAGACAUGGUUCCAGCGGCAUGAAGAGCCAAAGACCAUCACGGAGGAGUAUGAGCAGGGAACAUAUAGAUUCUUUGAUUACGAGAGUACAUGGAUGAACCGUCGCAAGACGGACUUCAAGUUCGCGUACAAAUACCUCGAGGACGACGUCCUAUAA